CACCGGACACGCCAAAACGCUGGCAAUGAAUCAAUCUUUUGCUUCAAGCUUUGGACUUCUUUGCAUCUAUUGGCAAAAACCGGUGGGAAGUAUGAACCUACUAGAGUUCCUGCGGGCGCCCAAUUAACCUGCAAAAUAUCAAAGCUUAUUUGUCACUCUAGCAGCCACAGACUUUGCUCCUUUCGUCUUGGACUCCUACUCCUUCUUUGUCCCCAGUCAACACUCCCACGCUACAAAAAGAGAGGAGAAAACGAAAAAUAGUUAGUAGAUCUAAAGCCAAAGUCGAGCAAAUAGCUCUUUAGAUCGCUACCCACCUGGAGGCUGGAGAACAGGCUCUCCUCUGAGAUCUUAGAGCAGCACGUUGGUCGUCUGCUGCAGGGCAGAGUUAAUUGGCGGUUGUGUACUUGUAUAUUCUACGUUAAGUAACGUUUUUAUACAAUAGGAGAAGGAUGACCUCACUCAUGUGCACAUGGAUUCCCGGUGGUUGCGUUUCCUUGUUGCAGCAGCACAGCAUCAGGCAACCGUGCCUCGCCGUUCCGACAUCCUUGGCGAGUCCUUCUGCUGCUGCUAUAGUAACAAGACGAGGUGGAAGGAAGUGCGUCGUUUCGCGAGCUGUGUCCUCUUCGGCUGUGGAGUCUCCUCCCAAUAGGGACGAUACCGGGUAUGAUGCCGCCGAGGAGGGGGUAGGUGGGGGAGAGGACGAGAAAUUCUUGUGGAGGGAUCAUUGGUAUCCUGUGUCGCUGGUGGAGGACCUUGACGCUCGCCUCCCCACGCCAUUCCAGCUACUUGGCAGGGAGAUAGUCCUUUGGAAGGAUAGAGAGGGCAACUGGGUCGCCUUCGAGGACAAGUGCCCUCAUCGUCUAGCACCACUAUCUGAAGGAAGGGUUGAUGAAGAUGGGUGGUUGCAGUGCUCCUAUCAUGGUUGGUCAUUCAGAUCUGAUGGUUCGUGUGCUAGAAUUCCUCAGGCCUCUCCAGUUGGACCUGAAUCGCGAGCGGCAGCGUCCCCAAAGGCCUGUGUGGUCAAGUUCCCGACUCUGAUAUCUCAGGGUCUACUCUUUGUUUGGCCAGAUGAGAACGGCUGGGAGAAAGCUUCCCGUACUAAGCCCCCAAUGUUGCCGGCUGAUUUUGACGACCCUCAAUUCUCAAGUGUAACAAUCCAGAGGGAUUUGUUCUACGGUUAUGACACACUUAUGGAGAAUGUUUGUGAUCCUUCUCAUAUAGAUUUUGCCCAUCACAAGGUCACUGGAAGAAGGGAUAGAGCUAAACCGUUGACUUUUAAGUUGGAAGAUAGUGGUUUUUGGGGAUUUUCAGGAUCUAAUGAUGGAAACCCUCGGAUUAGUUCCAAAUUUAUUGCUCCAUGCUACCUAAUAAACAAGAUAGAAAUAGAUACAAAGCUUCCUCUUUUAGGUCCUCAAACCUGGAAAAUCUGGAUUUGCUCAUUCAACAUUCCUAUGGCUCCUGGCAAGACUCGAUCUAUUGUCUGCAGUGCCCGAAAUUUCUUUCGAUUUACAAUGCCAGGACCAGCAUGGUGGCAGUUGGUUCCAAGAUGGCAUGAACACUGGACUUCAAACAAGAUCUAUGAUGGUGACAUGAUUGUUCUUCAGGGCCAGGAGAAAAUAUUCCUAUCCAAGUCGAAGGAGUCAUCUGACAUCAAUCAACAGUACACUAAGCUGACCUUUACUCCCACUCAAGCUGAUCGGUUUGUUCUAGCUUUUCGUAAUUGGUUGAGACGUCAUGGAGAUAGCCAACCAGAGUGGUAUGAUUCAGUUGUCCAGCAGCCUCUUCCUUCAACAGUAUUGUCCAAGCGUCAGAUGAUGGACAGAUAUGAACAACACACACUUAAAUGUUCAUCAUGUAAGAGUGCAUAUACUGCUUUCCAGACUCUCCAGAAAGUGUUGAUCGGUGCAGCUGUUGCUUUGACUGCAACAGCUAGCAUCCCUGCCGAAAUGCAGUUGAGAUUUCUUCUAGCUGGCGCUGCAGUUGCAAGUGCUGCAUUGGCGUACAUCUUGAGCCAGUUGGAAAAGAAUUUUGUGUUUGUCGACUAUGUUCAUGCGGAUAUUGAUUAGGUCUAGGGCAGUCUGAAUUGUGCUUAUCAAGUUUCUUGGUCUUUGAAGUGCAAGAAAAAUAUCUUAUUGUAAUCUGUGUAUAUCCGUACAUGUAAAUAUCCUCAAACGUCUUGCUCCAAUGUCGCAUAAAAUUUUCUUUCUGAACUUUAAA